UUAUACAAUAAUCCCCGCACAGCGAAGGUCUUUAGUACGUCCAUCUUACGCAAGCAUGUUUUACUGAAAUGUCUUAUUUAUCUAAGGUCGUUGGUAGGCCUGUUGUUUGCACGACUGUUUAAUAAAUAGAACUUAAUGUGUAUGUGCCGGAUCACGGUGAGACCCAAUCGUAGAGUCUAUUGGAUCAAGGAGUUACAAGGUCCACAGUUUUGCUGAUGAAAGCAUGCAAAUUGUGAAUGCUUUGUCAAAGCUAACGGAAUAUAUUUCAAUUGACAGACAUACGGCAUCCGAUCAUGGAUGUACAAACGUUUUGUAGCUUUAUUGUCCUGUUCAUGUCAAUAAUUUGGCCGGCUGUCUCCGGUUUCAAUAUCUUGGUCUCAUCCGUGUACGGCGAGGGAAGCCAUUUUCUAGCAGGGGCGGCUGUAGGCCAAGGCUUGGCUGACAAGGGUCAUAAUGUGACUGUUCUCAUAAGUAGGGCCUACGAACAUCGGGCCAAGGAUCCCAAAUAUUCCAACCUAUCCUUUCUCAUCUUCAAUCAUCGCAAUAGAUCGCUGCAGGAUGUGCGUGACAUGUUUUUCCAUGCUAACACCAUGGCGUUUGACAGCGCAGAGAGUCAAAUGUUGGAGCUCUUUUCUCUCUUUAGCGAGUCGAUGGCCGACGAUUGCGUGGGUGUUCUUCAUGACGUCGACAUAAUGAAGCAACUGAAAGGCAUGGACGCCAUCAUCAUGGAUCCCGUUUGGUUGUGUGGUAUCGUGAUGGGAGCUGUCAUUGAACGUGACCUCAAUCACAGCAAACAAAUCAAGAUGAUAUCCAUGACGCCAAACAUUCCUGAUGGAGCCAUGUUACAGUCUAUUGGAUCCUACUUCAAUUCUGCCUUUCAACCGGAAAUAUCCACUGGCUAUACCAACAGAAUGACCUUCCUGCAGAGGGUCACCAAUAUCUUCUUUACCAGUUUGACGAUCAUACUUUCACAGUACAUCUUUAUACCACCGUAUCAAAAAGUCGCAAGGAACAUGGGUUUUGAUCAGCAGGACCUCGACCUGAACUUAUGGACUUGGCACAAAUUAUUUGAUCUUCAUCUCAUCAACAUUCAUAUGUCCUCAGAUUUUCCUUUCCCACUUUCACCGAAUGUUAUUUUGAUAGGAGGGGGUCUUACUGUCAGACCACCAGCAAAGCUUGAUCAGGAGUUAGAAGAGUUCGUGAAUAGCUCGGGAGACGAAGGGGUUAUCGUGUUCACGCUUGGCACGUAUUUCGCCUCAGUUACCAAGUUUCAGCCAAAGUUUGUCGACAUGUUUGCCGAAGCUUUCCGAAGAUUACCUCAGAAAGUAAUUUGGCAGUUGAAAGAACUUCCAAAGAAGGAGUUACCUCCCAAUGUGAAAGCUUUGCCAUGGGUUCCGCAGAAUGAUCUUCUAGGUCAUCCCAAGCUUCGUGUGAUUAUAACCCAUGGUGGCAACAACGGGUUCCAGGAGGCCUGCAGCUAUGGUGUACCCAUGGUCAUUAUCCAUUUCCUCGGCGAUCAGUACGACGUCGCAGCCAGGGUCGAGGCCCGGGGCAUGGGCAGGAGCAUCGACAAGUUUGCACUCAGCGCAGAUGUCAUUUAUGAGACACUCUAUGACGUCAUCAAUAAUCCAAGGUAUGCAAAGGUUGCCAAAGAGGUUUCUUCUAUCAUCAAGAAUGAUCCAAUGUCUGGAAAAGAACGCGCUGCAUUCUGGGUUGACCAUGUGAUCAAAUAUGGCGGGGAUUAUCUCAGGUCGCCUGCAACAGAACUCUCUUUCAUUCAAUUCUAUAUGCUAGAUGUCUUAGCAUUUCUCCUCACCGUACUUUGUAUUGUGUUAUUAAUUGCAUUUGCCUGUUUACGAUUUGUUAUUUCCCUUUGUUAUCGAGUUGUUUUUGGCAGUACCAAAUCUAAAACAGAUUAAAGACUAUGACUUAAAAUUUUAGGGUUCAUAAGUAGGUAUUCAAAUAAUGCAUAACUAUUUAUGCCAUAAUUAUCAUUAAUUAGAUAGGACACCUUUGAUUUUCCCGAUAUUACUGAUUGAACAAUUAAGGUGGAACGAAGGGGAGUAGGUUUGUGGGUGUAUCUGUUUCAAAAGUUUAAAAGUAAUUUAAUAAAAAAAGGGACGGAUCCAGAAUUCUCUAGCAAAAGGGGGACAUGAAUCCGGGGAAUC